AUGUCGGAGAUCUUAUAUGAUGGCCUCUCCGAGCUGUCCAAGAUAUCACUGGACCACUCUGCUGGUGGAUUACUCCACAUGAAGAAGAUGCCUGAGGAGGCGCAGGAGCUCAUUGAAAUGGUUCAACAACAGACAGUUCCAACCCUUUCAGCAACACAGAGCCUCUCUGACCUGACUACUAUAGUCUCUAACCUCUCCAAGACCACUCACAGUUUCAUGGUAGAAACUAGGUCAUCCAUUCGGAAUUUAGAGAUACAGGUAAGUAAGUUGAGCAGGAGGAUACCCGAGACCCCCUCCAACACUCUUCCAAGCAAGACAGAGGUGAAUUCAAAGGAAGAGUGCAAGACCCUCACUAUGGAAGCUGAGGCCGAAUCCAAGGAGGAAAAUGAUGCGGAGGAUUUGAAGGAGAACAAGGCUCAGGAGGAGAUUGGGAGUGUCACCAUGCACGUCCCUAUAGAGACCAAGGAGCCUGAAGAACAACCUUCUCCGAACAUGCGAGAGGAACCUGAGGAUGAGCAACUUGCUCAGUUCUUGGCAGUUCUCAGGAAGCUGCAAGUUAAUAUAUCUUUUGCAGAGGUGUUGAAGAAGAAACCCCCUUAUAUGGCCUGCCUGAAUAAUGUGAUUUCUGAAAAGACGGUUCUAAAGGGGGAUAAAACUGUGGCAUUGUGCGACCUUGGAUCAAGCAUCAAUCUUAUGCCCCUCUCUGUGAUGAGGAAGCUGGAAAUCCAGGAGGUGCAACCGACUAAGAUCUCGCUGGGGAUGGCAGAUAAGUCCCUGAAACGGGCAUAUGGAUUGGUGGAAAACGUCUUUGUAAAGGUUGAAGACCUUUACCUCCCUGCAGACUUCAUGAUACUAGACAUUGGGGAGGACAAAGACAAUUCCAUCAUCUUUAGAAGGCCUUUCCUAGCUACUGCGAAGGCCUUGAUUGAUGUGUUAAAAGGAGAGCUGGUUCUGAGGCUAUGGGAGGACUAUAUCCUAUUUAAGAUCCUUAACCCUCAGUCUCUCUCUGACAAAGGAGGUACUACUGCUCAACACUUAGUGUUCCAACCUUCUCUCUCAGUACAGAGCAUUACGGAGCCCCCAGUCAUCAAACCUAAGUUUAGUGUCAGGCAUCCAUCACCAUGA